CUACAACAUCGACCGCCAUUUUUCCUGUCUCCGCUUGUUUGACUCGAUAAGAAAACAAGCCUUGGUUACAGGUACCGAGGCAAGACUUUAUCUGUGUCAUUUCGGAGUAGGCCAAUAAAUCAACUUCAUUUCAAAAUGGCGAUGGCUCGUCGGACAGAGCGCCAGGACCAGGCGAUGUACCAGAGACAGUUGGAGAAGACGCGCCAGAGGGAGACAGAGCUCCGGGAAAUACAGCACGACAAGAAAAUGGCGCAGUAUUUCGACGAAACCAUUCAGAGGGAGGAGAAGGUGGCACAGAGGCGCAUGUUGCGGCAACAGCAGGUCAUGAACAGAGAGAUGGAGAUGAAUGAGGCUCUGCUCAAGGCGGAGCGAGACAAGCUCCUGAAGACACAACAGAUGGAACAGGAGGAGAAUUUGGCACGGGAGUUGGAGCGAGUCAAGUUUGAGCAGCUCAAGGAUGAGAAGAUGAGGCAACAGAUUAGGGAGACCAGAAGCGAGACUCUGAGAUUGCUCGGCACAUGAAGGAACAGAACGAGAGAGCAGCAGAGGCAGAGCACCAGAGAGAGCUGGAGAGGUAUAAGGAGAUGGUGAGGUACCAACAAGAACUGGAGCGCCAGCUGGAGGAACAAGAGGCCCAGAAACAACAAGCCUACGAGGAGUUCCUCAAGGAGAAACUCAUGAUCGACGAGAUUGUCCGCAAGAUUUACGAGGAGGAUCAGAGAGAACUGGAGCGCGAGAUGAAGAAGCGCCAGGCCACGCAGCAGUUCAUCGAGGAGUUCAAACGCAACAGGGAGGACUGGAAGGCUGCAGAGAAGAGGAAGAUGGAGGAGGAGAACGCGAGGAUUGUGGAGUUUGCCAGACGCAUGCAGGAGAGGGAGGAGCACCUCAAGAGUCAGAAGAAGGAGAAAGAUCAGGCCAUGGACAGAGUGCAGGAGGCGCUCUCCAAAGACAUUGCGCGCAAAGAAGCCGAGCGCGCAGAGAUGGAGAGAGUGCGGAUGGAGCUGGUCCUGGAGGAACAGGAGGAAAGGGAACGACAGAGGGAGAUGGCGGAGCUGGAGCGCCAGAUGAGGCAGAAGAUCGAGAUGCAGAUGACCCACGCUCAGCAGAUGCACUACAAGGCUCUCAGGGUGGAGGCAGAGAAGGAGGAGGAGGAGCAGUUCCGCAAACAGAUGCUGGCCAAGUUUGCAGAAGACGACCGCAUCGAGCAGAUGAACGCCCAGAAGCGCCGCAUGAAGCAGCAGGAGCACCAGCGGGCCGUGGAGAAACUUCUGGAGGACCGGAGGGCGCAGUUUGCCCGCGAGAGGGAGCAGGAGGUGGAGGCCAGGAGGGAGGAGGACAGGCUAGAACAGUUCAGGAGGCAGAUCAUAGAGGAGGAACGACAGAAGCUGCUGAGGGAACACGCCACCAAGCUGUUGGGCUAUCUGCCCAGGGGAGUGAUCAGAGACGAACAAGACCUGGCCCUGUUGGGCCCCGAGUUCCGAGAGGCCUACUCCCAGAGACAGCUGGAUCCCUUCGACGAGACGGCCUGGGAGACCAAGUAGGAGGCUGGCUGCUCUACGAGACCACCUGGGGUACCAAAUUGGAGGCUGGCUGUUUUAUGAGACCGCCUGGGGAAGGAAA